GGUUUCUUGGACGCCCCAUACUGGUUAUACUCCGGAAAUGGCAGACAGCAGCUUGUUACAAGAAGGGGAAUAUAUCAGAAGGCAGGCCUUGCCAUUUGAAUCUGGUUUUCUUCGCUGGUAGAGUGCAUGGCAUGCCACCGUAGGUCAAUAAUAUUAGAUUUGACCACAACCGGCCAUUGAAGGACUGCAGCUUGGGUCACCCACCAUUUGCAUCAUGGCCACUGAAACAACAGAAACCAUGCCGGCUAUGGCACUCCCAAAAUACCAGCAUCCAGCCGAGACCAAGCACGAAUUGGACUGGGCCGAGCUCGUCACUCUCGACCUGUCUCAAUUCGACGCACCCGGUGGCAAAGAAAAGCUCGCGGUACAGCUCCGGGAUGCGGUCCACCAGGUUGGCUUCUUUUACGUGGUCAACCAUGGCCUCGGGCAGGACGCGGUGGAUGAGCAGUACGCCAUCGGCCAGGAGGUCUUCAAGCUCCCGCUCGAGGAAAAGAUGAAGCACAUAGCCGACAUCGCCAGUGGCAGCUACAACGGCUAUCGCCCCGCGGGCAUGCGUGAGCUGGCGCCGGGCCUGCGCGACAACGUCGAAAUGUACAACAUGUUCAAGAUGAACGGGAAGCUGGAGCGGUCCCACCCCGAGGUAGUCGUGCGGCACCGGGCAAAGGUCGAAGCCUUCCAGCGGCACCUGGUCGAGGACGUGGUCCGGAAGCUGCUCGUGCUGCUGGCCAUCGUGCUAGACCUGCCCGACGAGAACCAGCUGCUCGAGGGCCACCGCUUCGACGACAUCAGCGACUGCCACCUCCGCUACAUGUACUAUCAUGCGCGCAGCCCCGAGGAGAACGCAAAGUUUGGCGACGUCUACGUCGGCGGCCACACCGACUACGGCACCCUCACGCUCUUGUUCCGGCAGCCCGUUGCGGCCCUGCAGGUCAGGAUGGCCGACGGCGGCUGGAAGUGGGUCAAGCCGUACCCGGAGUCCAUCACGGUCAACAUCGCCGACGCGCUGCAGUUCUGGUCUGGCGGCUACCUCAAGAGCAGCAUCCACCGCGUCGCCGUCCCGCCUGAGGACCAAGCCCACAUCAAUCGUCUGGGGCUGCUCUACUUUGUGAGGCCGGGGUCCGACCUUAGCCUCAAGACUCUGGAGAGCCCGCUGCUGCGGCGUCUUGGGCUCAAGACCGACGAGGAUGAGGCCGCAGGGAUCAAGGGGGCCGACUGGGUCAAGGAGAGGGUGAGACAAGACUUGGAAAAGGCAAAAGAGGACAAGGAGAAGGGCGGGACCAAGGAAAUUCCCGUUCUUGGAGGUCUAAGUGUCAAAUAUUACCGUGAUUGAAAUUGGAAGUAAUCGGUGGCAGGAGAAAAACAACAUCGCCAACUACUAAUGACGCAAGUACAGUAGAUUAUCUAGAAGGGACGAGGAUGUGCCAGAGGCGGCCGUUGAUGCUCCAAGUACAAUGUAAUUCUUAUGUGACGCAUUUGUCAAUUCGCAUGAGAAUUUAUGCCAAAGCGAACUGCGACUAAGAGGGUUUGAUAAGCAUAUAGUUUGGAUCAUUGAAAUACCUCCAGCUUGCUUCAAGAAUCUUUGACACCUCUCAACCACCCUGGGGCUUUUGACUCCACAAGCUAGUGUUAUUAAUAACAAUACGGUCCUCGGUGGAUUGCAGCUUGCCCACUUACAAAUCUGUUCAGGCUUUCCCGCUGGAUUUCAUGUCCGCUUUUCCCCAAUCUCCGACGAGGUUGCCAGAAACGCAAUUUGAUUUUAAUGAUAGAUAAUACAUGAA